AAAUCAGAUUCGGAUUCAUUCUUCAUAGAAAAAUUCAAGGCAAGGGGUUCCAACCUCUGUCACCCUUUAUGGGACUCAAUGAUGAAUGAAAUUGGGUUUAUAUCUUUAGUUGCUCUUACUUUUCUGUAUUCAGGAUAUUAUUAUGCGUAGUGUUGCUGUUUAUAUCACUGCUGUUCGGAACUUUUCCUUUUCUCUUUGCUUUUUUCUCAGAAUUUGCGAAUGAUUCUGGCUUAAUGUCUUGUUGCAGAUCUUUGGGUCAUCUUUCGGUGGUUGCAGAUAAAGGAGGUGUUUAGUUUGCAAUUGUUGACAAAUGGGGGAAACCAUAGGGCCUCGCUUAUACUGUUGUUGUAAUUGUAGGAACCAAGUCUCCCUCCAUGACGAUAUAAUUGCUAAAACCUUUCAGGGAAGGUAUGGUCGAGGUUUUCUGUUCUCUCAUGCAAUGAACAUUGUGGUAGGGCCAAAAGAAGACAGACACCUGAUGACUGGGCUACACACUGUUGCUGAUGUUUACUGUGGAGACUGCCAUGAAGUGUUGGGUUGGAAAUAUGAAAGAGCUUAUGAAGCAUCACAGAAGUACAAGGAAGGAAAAUUCAUACUUGAAAAAUCCAAAAUUGUAAUGGAGAACUGGUAGCAUUGACUUUUGAUUUUCCUUAAUAUAUUAGUUCCAAUCAUCAUGGUGCUUGUUCACUCAUUGUUAAGAUGUAAAAGGAGGGUCUUGUUUUACCUGUCUGAAAUUUGUGAAUUGUGUUCUUCAAUUUCGUUAUCACCUGGUGUUGUCAAUAGAAGUAAUGUUGGAAGAUAA